AGGACUCUGGGAAGCAGUGACGUGAGGGUCCCCAUGGCCUCUGUCCCUGAUGACCCAGCUGUGAUGUGAUUUAUGUGGGCUCGCAGCUGCCCUUGCUCCGACCCCAGAGGAGCUGUGUGGGAAGUUGGUGUCUCGGAGCCGUGGCGUGGCUCUGCCGAGUGUCUGGAGCCCGGGCUGUGCACACAAACUGAUAAAUAGGGAAAGGGAAAGGCCUGCUGGGCUCCAGCUGCAGCAGAGCUGGGACCGGCGCUGCAGCCCCGCCGGGAGAGGAGCUCCCUGCAAGCACCGUUGCUGUUGAAAGGCUGGUCUCAGAGCAGAGUGGAUGAAGCAGUGCAGCUGGGAGCAGAGCAUGGCCAACACGUUUGUCACCGUCCCUGACGGGUUCGGCCUUCCCGAGCCCAUCCAGUACUACGAUGUUUUACCGGAGCACAUCAACUACCAGCUGCAGGACGCGGAUUUCCAGGCUGCCCCGUACUGCCAGUACUCGGCCGUGCCCGUGCCAGCGCUGCCGCCGCAGCCCGCCCCGGCCCCGUACGGCUCCUACAGCCUGGAGCCGCCGUACGCCGACGGGCCCUGCGUGGGCAGCAGCUGCGAGCUCAGCAAGGGCCCCUUCCUGGCUCCCCACGGGGAGGACGGCGGGUACCAGGGGCUCAGGAGGCCCCGGUUAAACCACUCGGUGAGGCUGAAGGGGCAGGAGGAGCUGUGCGUGGUGUGCGGGGACAAGGCCUCGGGGUACCACUACAACGCGCUGACCUGCGAGGGCUGCAAAGGCUUCUUCCGGCGCAGCAUCACCAAGAAGGCGGUGUACCGCUGCAAGAGCGGGGGGCACUGCGAGAUGGACAUGUACAUGAGGAGGAAGUGCCAGGAGUGCCGCCUCAAGAAGUGCAGAGCUGUGGGAAUGCUGGCAGAGUGUUUGCUGACUGAAGUCCAGUGCAAGUCAAAGCGACUCAGGAAGAAUUUCAAGCAGAAGAGCAGUUUCCUUUGCAACAUAAAGCUGGAAGAUGAGGGACUGAAUAGUAAGCAAGUAUCAUCUACAACAAGAUCUGGAAAAAUCCCAGAGAAGAUGGAACUUACUCCAGGAGAACAUCAGCUUCUUGACCACAUUGUAGCAGCACACCAAAAAUACACAAUUCCUCUUGAGGAAGCCAAGAAGUUUCUACAGGAAACUGCAAGUCCUGAAGAAAGUUUCCUCCACCUGUCUGAGACAGCUGUUGUCCAUGUCCAGGUGUUGGUGGAUUUCACAAAAAGACUCCCAGGGUUUGAGAGUUUAGCCAGUGAGGACCAGAUUGCUCUGCUGAAAGGGUCCACAGUGGAGGCAAUGUUCUUGAGAUCAGCCCAAAUUUACAACCAAAGAAUGAGUGAGUGCCAGCCAUCAACCAGUGAAAGUCAUGUAAGACUUUCUGAUCAUGGGACAUGUUGUCAUGUUCAGAACCUUGAUAAAAACAAUAUUUAUUCCAUGGAAAUGUGUCAUAAUAAAGAGAGGCCAACUUCUACUACUACCACAGGCAUAACUGAGGAGUUCAUCACCGCCCUAUUCUACUUCUACAGAACCAUGGGGCAACUCAAAGUGACCGAGACCGAAUACGCUCUGCUCGUAGCAACAACAGUGUUCUUUUCGGACCGCCCGCUGCUGAGGGACAAACGCCAUGUGGAGGAGCUGCAGGAGCCGCUGCUGGGGAUCCUGUACAAGCACUCGAAGCUGCAGCACCCGCGGGACCCGCAGCGCUUCGCGCGGCUGCUGGGGCGCCUCACGGAGCUGCGCUCGCUCCGCCACGCCCACGCGGGGGCGCUGCGCGCGCGGGACCCGCGCCUGGCCGCGCCGCUGCGCGACCUCUGGGACCUCCACUAGGCGGCGCCAACGCCGCCGGCCCGCGCGCCCCUUCCCGCCUCGGGUGCGCGCCGUCGUUUCCCGCCCUUUUCGCCCUCCCUCAGCGGCCGCCUGAGGCGCCGGUGUCUGUGCCGGUGCCGCUGCCGGUGUCGGUGUCGCUGCCGGUGUCGGUGAUGGUGGCGAUGUCGCUGUCGGUAGAAGUGUUGGUACCAGUGCCGGUGAUGGUGCCGGUAUCAGCUUGGGUGCGGUGCUCAGUGCCAGUGUCAAUGCUGGUGCUGAUGUCGGUGCCAGUGUCGGUACAAGUGUGGGUAUAGGUACCAGUGUCGGUGCUGGUGCCGGUAUCGGUUUGGGUGCCAUGCUGAGUGCUGGUGUCAGUGCUGGUGUCAGUAUGGGUUUGGGUGCCAGGCUGAGUGCUGGUGUCAGUGCUGGUGUCACUAUCGGUUUGGGUGCCAUGCUGAGUGCUGGUGUCAGUGCUGGUGCCAGUAUGGGUUUGGGUGCCAUGCUGAGUGCUGGUGUCAGUGCUGGUGUCAGUAUGGGUUUGGGUGCCAUGCUGAGUGCUGGUGUCAGUGCUGGUGUCAGUAUGGGUUUGGGUGCCAUGCUGAGUGCUGGUGUCAGU